ACUGCCAGUGCCAGGCGGCUGGGCUAUUGACUUCUUCUCCUGCCGGGGCAUGGCCUUGGUCUCCUUCGCGGCCUCGCUCUCGCUCCCCAUCGCCGUCGCCGCCGCCGCCGCCGCCGUGAGGUCCCGUGCCGUCGUGCUCCGCCGCGCCAUGUCGUCGUCCUCCGUCUCCGCCGCCGCGCCGGCGAGGGUGGGCGUGGUGCAGAUGACCUCCGUGGGCGACAUCGACGCCAACUACGCCACCUGCUCCCGCCUCACCAAGGAAGCAGCUGCGGCCGGGGUGAAAUUUCUUUGCUUCCCUGAGGUCUUCUCGUUCAUAGGAUCCAAGGACGGCGAGUCCGUUAAGCUAGCCGAACCAUUGGACGGUCCAAUCAUGCAGAGAUAUUGCUCACUCGCGAGUGAAUCAAGUAUCUGGCUGUCUCUUGGAGGGUUUCAAGAGAAGGGGCCGGAUGAUUCUCAGCAGUACAAUACUCAUGUAUUAAUUGACGACUCUGGGAAAGUUAGGAGCUCAUACCGGAAAAUACAUUUGUUUGAUGUGGAUGUACCUGGCAAUAUGGUUUACAAGGAAAGUCGUUUCACGGCAGCAGGUGAUACUGUUGUUGCGGUGGAUAGCCCUUUUGGACGAUUGGGACUUACUGUUUGUUAUGAUUUGAGAUUUCCAGAGCUUUAUCAAUGUUUGCGUUUUAAGCAUCAAGCACAGGUCUUGCUUGUACCAUCUGCAUUCACAAAGGUAACCGGGGAGGCACACUGGGAAAUUCUCCUUCGUGCUCGUGCAAUUGAGACACAGUGCUAUAUUAUCGCUGCGGCUCAAGCUGGAAAGCACAAUGAGAAAAGAGAAAGCUACGGCGAUUCUAUAAUUAUUGACCCAUGGGGAACAGUUAUAGCUCGACUUGCUGAUCGAUUGUCCACUGGGUUUUCUGUAGCAGACAUUGACUUGUCAAAAGUCGAGGCAGUGCGAACUAAAAUGCCAAUCGCUGAGCACCGCAAGUUCGACAGUGUCUGGAAAUCCUCAUCAUUGUAAUUCUCGAGAAAAGUAUUUGUUGCUUCUUCUCUGAGCACCGAAGGGCAACCAUUCCCCUCGAAGGCAAACAUCAGGCUAAACCCCAGACUGUUUAAAACUGCAGACUAGGGGAGUGUGAAUUCUGUUUCUAUGUGUAAUUUGAAAAUUUAACUCAACUGUGUUCGUGAGAUGGAAAAAUAAAUAAGAAGCCUUACAUCUUUUCUCUUA